AUGCGUAUUCCCGUAGACCCGAGCACCAGCAGGCGCUUCACACCCCCCUCCACGGCCUUCCCCUGCGGCAAGAUGGGAGAGAACAGCGGGGCGCUGGGGGCCCCCGCGCCGGGCGCCCGCGCUCGGCCCGAGGUCCGCUCCGUCGUGGAUGUACUGGCCGACCACGCCGGAGAGCUGGUGCGCACCGACAGCCCCAACUUCUUGUGCUCCGUCCUGCCGUCCCACUGGAGGUGCAACAAGACGCUGCCCGUCGCCUUCAAGGUCGUAGCCCUCGGAGAUGUUCCCGAUGGGACCGUGGUCACGGUGAUGGCGGGGAACGACGAAAAUUACUCGGCGGAGCUGCGCAACGCCUCCGCCGUGAUGAAAAACCAAGUAGCAAGAUUUAACGACCUCAGAUUUGUUGGGAGAAGCGGCAGGGGAAAAAGCUUCACCCUGACCAUCACCGUGUUCACCAACCCCACCCAAGUCGCCACCUAUCACCGAGCCAUCAAAGUGACCGUAGAUGGACCCCGGGAGCCACGAAGGCACAGACAAAAACUAGAAGACCAAGCCAAACCCUUCACCGACCGCUACGGGGAGCUGGAACGGCUGCGCCAGUCCAUGAGAGUCACCCCGACAACACCCAACCCUCGUGGAUCCCUCAGCACCCCGAGCCACUUCGGGUCCCAGGCUCAGACUCCAAUACAAGGCACGUCAGACCUGAGCCCCUUCUCUGACCCCCGGCAGUUCGACCGCUCCUUCCCGACGCUGCCGGCGCUCACCGAGACCAGGUUCUCCGACCCACGGAUGCAUUAUCCCGGCGCCAUGUCCGCUGCCUUCCCCUACACCGCCACCCCCUCGGCCACGGGCAUCGGGGGCAUCAGCAUGACCAGCAUGCCCACCACGACACGCUUCCACCACACCUACCUGCCGCCCCCCUACCCCGGCUCCACGCAGAACCAGAGUGGACCCUUCCAGGCCAACCCCUCUCCCUACCAUUUGUACUACGGCACGUCCUCGGGCUCCUACCAGUUCUCCAUGGUGGCGGGCGGCGAGCGCUCGCCCACCCGGAUGCUCUCGUCCUGCACAAGCGCCUCAGCAGGGAACAACCUAAUGAAUCCCACCCUGGGCAAUCAGAACGACGGGGUGGACGCGGACGGGAGCCACAGUAACUCACCCACGACCAUGACGACUACUGGGAGGAUGGAUGAGUCGGUCUGGAGACCCUACUAGGAGGAACUCAGCUGUGCACCAAUGUCUUUUAACUCAAUCAGCCACCUUUUGCUCCUUUUGGUAGUGACCAGAGCAUAGUGAUGCCUAAACCAAAGUCUCCCAAACCAAAAGCAAACCAGGAUCCUCUGUAUGCAAGCACGGGCAAACAUCAAGCAAAGACGGACCAGGACCUAUGUUACAUUUCAAGAUGAACAUCCACGAGGCUUGAUGUGGUUCCCUUUGUGUGUCUUAAGUAUGUGGAUUGUACAUAGGGGGGGGAAAAAAAAAGGACAUGUGGAAUCAGAUGUUUGUUACUCACAGAACACUUCUCAGUCAUCUCACUCACACCUCUCCCCCUCAGAAAGAGUGAAGAAAAGCUUCACCCUUCCUCUGCAAAAUGAUUCAGAGAAGAGAAAAGACCAGGGAGUUGCCCAAACCAUCUCUCUGCCAGAGCAA